AUGUCGAGCACCGACAAACACAUGGAGGUGUUUUGGGACUUCAUCAGCACCGCAGAUGGGCAUCGGUUCAACGCUCAUGUGGUAACGUGUGUGCUACGGCGCAUCACCACUCUCACAGACCAACUUACCGCACGCGACAGUGUGGCCACAGAAGACUUUGAGGAACUGUGGCUAAAACUGCAAGCUCUUGGCACAUGUCUGGGCGUAGCAACAUUCUAUCCCUUCUGGACCCUCGAUGUCGCUCAACUCUCAGAUAUGAAGUCUCACAUUCAGCAUUUGCUGCAUCGCGUGUGGUGUCAUGUGGAGAUGUCCUCUUCACAUCCGGACAGGACCACAGUGUCCUGGGUCACACCCUAUCUGCAGCAAAUGGUCAAAAUGGACUCAAACCCACACAGUCUCUCGGCCAAUGGGAACGCGCCGCGACAGAACAAAAUGCCCAUGUCGAACCACAUGCAUUUGAUGUUAAAGGACUCGCCGCUGCUGAAGACUAUGGUGCGCUUGUAUCGUACGAGAGCUGUAAGCGACGCCUCUCUGGCGAAUGCGGGACUGGUGUUCCUGAGUGUAGAUCAGCUGUUGCAGAGUUUCGGAGUGACUGUGCGCGACGUAGAAGGCGCAGACUUCAGCAAUGCAUGCGAUGAGAAUACCUCUGAGGCUACUACCACUGAUAAGCAACAUUCGUUAGAGUUGCCACCUGACACGGAUCGCAUGCUGACGAAUGUCUGUCCGCUGCUGCUGUCAGUGCGCGUGGUGCUGUAUGAGGCAAAGUACUCGUCCAACGAAGCAUCUGUACGCAUCUCCGCACGGCCGACUGUGCAUGUCACGCCUCUGUGUGUCAGUGGGGCGGGUGUGUCUGUCUAUAUGCGCGCCGAGGGUCCGGGGAGUCCGUAUAUGGGCACACACACAGCGUUACAUUCACCCCCAAACACAAACUCACAAACCCAAACGCGCACGCAAGUGCUUGCGCAUCCAUCAAUACACGGCCAAUCGGUCAUUGGCCACGACAGAGUGCCGCUAGGAAUGAGUUCGCAGACAGACACACGCGCACCCACUCUCUCGCCAGUGCCACUAACCACUCGCGCAGACCCACAACAACCACAACCACAACCACAGCAACAUACACACACACACGCACAAGCACACGCACUGCAACCCACUGCCGUCUCAUUGCCCUUAACCAACGGUGUACUCUCAACUCACAGCGGCGCUAGUUUGUCUGCAAGCGUUGCGCACGCGUCACCGCAGCCGAGCGCACAUGACAGACUAUCUAAGGGCACCAACACAUCACAACGACACGCGCACGUGACCACCCACACGCCCACACAACCCACCACGGCACACAGCCGACAGACCAAUGGGCCACCCCACAGCCACACGGACGAGUACGAGACGGAGCUGCAGUACUGGUUCUUCCAAGCGAACCCUCGGCUGCUACACCUGUCUGAGUUUGUGCGGGAGCAUCUGGUGCCACGCACUGUCGCUCGCGUCAGAGAUGAACUGAUUCCUCUGGCUGUGCAUAUGCUCACAGCCAGCGACGCGUUUCGAGAGAUUAUUCGAUUGGCUGUGGCCGAAUACACAAACCAGCGCACAAAUGCAACUGCGACAGUUGCCACAGUCGAUGCAAAAACUGCGGACGAUAUACGAAUCACUUCUGGUCAAGGGAUACAAGCGUCAGAUAGAGACAGCAGAGCCUUUGCUGCUGAUGGAGACACUUCUCGCCAAUACAGCAGCGAACGCAACGCUACACACCCAGAUGGGCCUGAAUUAACACACACCCAUGGCAACAUCAAGACAUCUGAGAAGGCCCGGAAGGCUGCGCUCAGACUAAUGGAGAAGCAUCACGCCGAGUUCUUAGGCAUGAGAUAA